UUCUCACCUAAUCUCAAACCGCUGUUCAACCGCGUCAUUGUCGGUAAGAAACUAAAAUUCCUCUGAAGAAAUAAAAUACCGAAUCUAUCCCCAAAUGCAAAAGGCCGCCAUUACAGAUCUGCUCGCAUUUCACCUCCAAAAUUUCAGUUCGUUCUUUCGCCUUCGCUCCCUCUUUCCUCUAUCUCAUAGAUACUCCUAAGCUGUAAGCUUAAGAAUACAAGUCCAUUUAAGGUCAGCUUCUUCCAUCUUCAGAAAUUUUCUUUUCUGGUCAAAAUUUCCCUUCGUGGCAGGUUACUGUUAGCAAUUACGAUUUUGAUUUCAGAUCUGCUUCUGGUAUUGGAACCCCAGCCUCUUUAUUGGUUUGGAUCUUCUGUUUUUCUUGGGUUUUUAAUUGACGGUAUAUAGCUGCUUUAAAGGAAGCUUGUUAGCUGCAUUUGGGUCCUGAAAAAACUGGGACUGUGAUACUUAUUUACUUAUAUCCAAUGGAGGGAGUAGGGGGUGAGGGUGCCUUAGCAGCAUCACCUGCAGCCCAAUGGGGACAUGAUGCUUGGAGGAUGUAUCAGUAUUAUCUGGAUAAGACUACACCUCAUACAAUCUAUAGGUGGAUAGGGAGUCUUGUUGUAGCGGCUAUUUACUGUUUGCGGGUUUAUUAUGUUCAAGGGUUUUACAUUGUUUCCUACGGGCUUGGAAUAUAUCUACUGAAUUUGCUUAUUGGGUUUUUGUCACCUUUGGUUGAUCCUGAACUUGAACCUUCGGAUGGGCCUUUGUUGCCAACAAAGGGUUCUGAUGAAUUCAAGCCAUUCAUUCGACGACUUCCAGAGUUCAAAUUCUGGUAUUCCUUCACAAAGGCAUUCUGCAUAGCAUUUUUCAUGACCUUCUUUUCCAUGUUUGAUGUUCCUGUGUUUUGGCCAAUACUGCUUUGUUACUGGAUUGCUCUUUUUGUCCUUACGAUGAGGCGCCAAAUUGCACAUAUGAUCAAAUACAAGUAUAUUCCUGUCAACAUUGGAAAGCAGAAGUAUGGCGGUAAGAAAUCAUAUGCUGGUAGCAGUGGUUCUCGUGGGGAUUAAACAUUGACCUCUUUCAUAGGGCAUUUAGAAAUGGACCGAAUGGGAAAAUUGUAAACGUGAAGAUUCAUGAUAAUUAUUUUUUCCCCCUUCCUUUCAAGGGACAUGCGUUAAUGUUAUAUGAUGGAUUUUAUGAUGGCGUAGUGCUGAUGUUGCAAAAGUGAAAUUUCAUUGCUUAUAGUAAUAUGAAGAAGAUUCAGUUAUAUUUCUGAAAA